GCGCGAGCGCCUCGGGGCGCCCCGCAGUCUCCGCCGCCCGCCGCUCUCGCCGCCGCCAGUCCGUCCCGUCGAGCCGCCGCCGCCGCCGCCCCCACCGCCGCCAUGGAAGCCAUCAAGAAGAAGAUGCAGAUGCUGAAGCUGGACAAGGAGAACGCCAUCGACAGGGCCGAGCAGGCCGAGGCCGACAAGAAGCAAGCCGAGGACCGCUGCAAGCAGCUGGAGGAGGAGCAGCAGGGCCUGCAGAAGAAGCUGAAGGGGACCGAGGAUGAGGUGGACAAGUACUCGGAGGCCGUCAAGGAGGCCCAGGAGAAGCUGGAGCUGGCCGAGAAGAAGGCUGGCGACGCGGAGUCUGAUGUGGCCUCUCUGAACCGUCGCAUCCAGUUGGUGGAGGAGGAGUUGGACCGAGCGCAGGAGCGCCUGGCCACUGCUCUGCAGAAACUGGAGGAGACCGAGAAGAUGGCGGACGAGAGUGAGAGAGGCAUGAAGGUCAUCGAGAACCGAGCCAUGAAGGAUGAGGAGAAGAUGGAGCUCCAGGAGAUGCAACUGAAAGAGGCCAAGCACAUUGCAGAGGAGGCCGACCGCAAAUACGAGGAGGUGGCUCGGAAGCUGGUGAUUCUGGAGGGGGACCUGGAGCGCUCCGAAGAGAGGGCAGAAGUUGCCGAGAGCCGCAUGAGGCAGCUGGAAGAGGAGCUCCGCACUAUGGAUCAGGCCCUCAAAUCCCUGAUGGCUGCAGAGGAAGAGUAUUCCACCAAGGAGGAUAAAUACGAAGAAGAGAUAAAGCUUCUGACAGACAAGCUCAAAGAGGCUGAGACACGGGCAGAGUUUGCUGAGAGGUCUGUGGCCAAACUGGAGAAAACCAUAGAUGACUUGGAGGACGAAGUCUAUGCCCAGAAGAUGAAGUUCAAAGCCAUCAGCGAGGAGCUGGACAAUGCCCUCAACGACAUCACCUCCCUCUGAGCCACCCCCUGCCUCCCCCCCCCACUGUCUGUCUCUGCCUCUCAGGGUCUGCUGCACGCCUCUGUUCCCCCCGCCCCCCCCCCGCCCCAUACUCACUGGACUCCCAAGUGCUCUUCUGUGUGUGUGUGUUUACAGAGGGGGGGGGUGCAGUGUCCCCUCUAGGAGGGCUGACCCGAGCCCUUUCCUCACCAGAAGUGCCUUCCCAGGCAGAGCAAGGGGCACCCCUAGAGCCUGGGGUUUGCGGAGGCAGGCUUCCUCUGGGGCCAAGGAGGGACUGUGGGGGGCCCUCCCUGGGCUGCUUAAUGUUCUAGCCUCCUUCCCCUCCAUGGAAGUUUGGGAUAGGCAGAGGGACAGCUCAGCGGAAGGAAGGAAGGAAGGAAGGAAGGAAGGAAUGUUCCAUGUAGGCCCCCACGAGGUCCUGCUGUGUCCCCUUUGCUCCGUCUGUCUGUGCUCACACUGUGUGUUUUAGGACUCUGUUCUCUUCCACCUCUGGUUUAAUAAAUAAAUGCUCUCAGCAAAGCCUC